UUAUUUUUGAAGUGCACGGUUUCAUCCUUGCACUGCAAUCUCUAGCUAGCUAGCUUUUUCUUGAUCAUAAAACGCUUCCUGGUGCAUCUUAAUUCUACUAUAAUCUGUCCCUCUCUCUCUCUCUCUCUCAUAUAUUUUUACCAUAAUCUCUCUCAUAGAUUAUCUCUUAAUAGAAGAAGAAAAACUUGCAUUGAUCAUGUAUAUGCAUAUGGAGUCUUAUUGCAUGUUCAACUCUCUUUUCUUGUUCAUGGCAUUCUUUAUUGUGUCCGGAGAAGUUAAUUCUUCUCAGAUACUAAAUGAUGAAGCUUCACUUCUUUCGUUCAAAUCCAGGGUCGUUUAUGAUCCAAACAAUUCUCUUGAAAAUUGGAAUUCUUCCAAGUUUCAAGUAUGCAACUGGUCAGGUAUUGGCUGCAAUGUCAAUAAAACAAGAGUGUUAAGUCUUGACCUUAGUGGCCUUUCACUCAGAGGCACUAUUUCACCAGCCAUUUCCAAGCUUUCUUACUUGAAAAUUCUUGAUUUGUCCAAGAACUUCUUUGAAGGCCAUAUUCCAGCUGAGAUUGGUUCACUUUUCCAUCUCAAAGAGUUGAGCUUAUCUACAAAUCUUCUCGAAGGUACAAUCCCCAGAGAGCUAGGUUCUCUUGGUGACUUGGUAUAUCUUGAUUUAGGGAGUAACCGUCUCAGCGGUGAAAUCCCAAAAUCUCUUCUGUGUAAUGCCACAUCUUCUUUGGAAUACUUGGACUUAUCCAACAACUCUAUCAGUGGCGAGAUUCGUAUGAACAAUCAAUGUCAGCUUAGACAGCUAAGGUUUCUUCUGCUUUGGUCCAAUCAACUUGUAGGUCAAGUCCCUCCAGCUCUUUCAAACUCUUCAAAACUCGAAUGGCUGGAUUUGGAAUCGAAUGCAUUACAUGGAAACUUACCUUCUGAGAUUGUACAGAAAAUGCCAUUGCUACAGUUCCUUUAUUUAUCAUAUAACAACUUCUCAAGUCACAAUGGUAACACUAACCUCAGUACCUUUUUCUCCUAUUUAAUGAAUUCCUCAAACUUGCAAGAACUUGAGUUGGCUGGCAAUAAUCUUGGUGGUGAGAUACCUUCUAUUAUUGGUGAUCUCCCAACUUGCCUUGUACAAUUGCAUCUCGAAAAUAAUCUCAUUUUUGGCUCCAUUCCUCCUGACAUUUCUAAACUUUUCAACCUCACACUUCUAAACUUGUCUGGUAACCUUAUAACCGGUUCAAUCCCACGCGAACUGUGUCAAAUGAAAAGACUUGAGAGGCUUUAUCUGUCAAAUAAUAAGCUCUCUGGUGAUAUUCCAUCUGCUUUUGGUGAUAUUCCUCACUUGGGCCUUCUUGAUUUGUCAAGGAACCGACUUUCAGGUUCAAUACCGGAUAGUUUUGCAAAUCUUACUCAGGUACGGAGUCUCUUGCUGUAUGAGAACCAGCUAUCAGGGACCAUACCACCAAGCCUUGGAAAUUGCAUCAACUUAGAGAAACUAGACCUUUCUCAUAACAGUAUAUCUGGGGUAAUUCCAAAGGAAGUAGCCGGGCUGAGUAGCUUGAAGUUGUACUUGAACUUGUCUGCGAACAACUUGCAUGGGCCAAUACCAGGAGAGUUGGGUAAAAUGGAUAUGGUUCUAGCAAUUGACAUUUCGUCAAACAAACUUUCUGGGACAAUCCCUCCACAAAUUGGAAGCUGCAUUGCCCUAGAGUACCUUAAUCUUUCGAGUAAUGCCUUGGAAAGCUCUUUACCAGAAUCACUUGGGAAACUCCCUUACCUUAUAGGACUUGAUUUGUCCUCUAAUAACUUAAGUGGGGAGCUACCUGAAUCUCUGCAGGCGUCUUCUACUCUGAAGGAAAUGAAAUUCUCCUUUAACAACUUCUCCGGGGUGGUACUAAAUAGAGGGGCAUUUUCAGGGCUGCCCUUUGAUUCUUUUAUGGGAAAUCCCCAUAUUUGUGGCUCCAUAAAAGGCAUGCACAGCUGUUCAAGGAAGAGAAUUUACGGUGCUAUAAUUUUGCCUGCUGUGAUCAGUUCAGUUUUUGUCAUUCUCAUCUUGGGCAUUUUGGGGUAUCGUCUAGCACUGAAGUUAAAUUUUAAAAGAAAAUUAGCAACUUCCACCUGUCCAGAAAUGCUUGAAGAAGAACAUGAAGGAAAUGAACACAAACACCCAAAAAUCUCUUAUGAGCAACUCAUCGAAGCCACGGGUGGAUUCAGCAAUGCAUGCGUAAUUGGGUCAGGUCAAUUUGGACAUGUCUACAAGGGAAUAUUUGAAGAUGACACAAAAAUAGCGGUGAAAGUAAUCAACACAAAAACAGCUGGGGAAUUGUCUGGGAAGUGCUUUAGAAGAGAAUGCCAAAUUCUAAAGAGGACAAGACACAGGAAUUUGAUCAAGAUCAUCACAACAUGCAGCAGGCCAGAUUUCAAGGCUAUUGUUCUACCACUUAUGCCAAAUGGUAGCCUUGAGAACUACUUGUAUCCGAGCUGUUCGUGGAACCACAGAUUGGACUUGGUUCAGUUAGUAAAUAUUUGCAGUGAUGUAGCUGAAGGUUUGGCCUAUCUGCAUCAUUACUCUCCGGUUAAAGUAGUCCACUGUGAUCUUAAACCAAGCAACAUUCUUCUAGACCAUGACAUGACAGCUUUGGUGAGUGAUUUUGGCAUCGCGAAACUGGUAAAAGAGAGUGAUCAGGGCAGUGUCUGUGCCAAUGAUUCUGCUUUGUGUAUCUCUACAGAUGGAUUGCUUUGUGGUUCCCUCGGUUAUAUGGCUCCCGAAUAUGGCAUGGGCAUGCAAGCUUCGACAGAAGGAGAUGUUUACAGUUAUGGAGUUCUCUUGUUAGAAUCUGUGACAGGAAAGCGUCCUACAGACUCAAUAUUUCAAGAAGGAUCAAAUUUGCAUGAAUGGGUUAAGAGUCAAUACCCUUGCAAGAUUGAGCCAGUUCUUGAACAAGCUCUUCUAAGGUACGCGCCUCAUGGUUCUGUGGUGCCUUCAAACAGACUAUGGUGCGAUGUGCUGUUGGAGUUGAUCGAGUUAGGACUCAUGUGCACUCAAUACAGUCCGUUGAUUAGGCCAACUAUGGAUGAUGUGGCUCAUGAAAUGGCUCGGCUGAAGCAAUAUCUAUCAGGUCCUUCAGAAAAAUCUGGGUCUACGAAAAGUACAUAACAGUUUCUGAUCUGAUGUCAGUAAUGUUUAUUUAGUAUUUUGAGAUUUACAAACAUAUUCGGAUAAAUAUGUAAUUAAUUGCUUAUUAUGUUGCGGAUUAGGGGGAUAUUUUAGGAUACAUUACAAUUCAAGAAACUAAUCAUGACAUGUUGCUGGUUUAUUUCCUUGCCAGUUUACUUUCUAUAUAAAUAGUAUGAGAUAUAUAGCAGCUAGUGG